AUGGAGACGACCCAAAAGGAACUCUGGCAAGUGAACACAAGGAAAGUCCGUUCCUGUGUUGUACCUGCUGAGCUUGGACAUGUCAAGCCUGUACCUGCUGAGCUCGGACAUGUCAAGUCUGUACCUGCUGAGCUUGGACAUGUCAAGACUAUACCUGCUGAGCUUGGACAUGUCAAGACUAUACCUGAUGAGCUUGGACAUGUCAAGACUGUACCUGCUGAGCUUGGACAUGUCAAGCCUGUACCUGCUGAGCUCGGACAUGUUAAGACUGUACCUGCUGAGCUUGGACAUGUCAAGACUAUACCUGCUGAGCUUGGACAUGUCAAGACUAUACCUGCUGAGCUUGGACAUGUCAAGACUAUACCUGCUGAGCUUGGACAUGUCAAGACUAUACCUGCUGAGCUUGGACAUGUCAAGACUAUACCUGCUGACCUUGGACAUGUCAAGACUGUACCUGUUGAACUUGGACAUGUCAAGACUAUACCUGCUGAGCUUGGACAUGUCAAGACUAUACCUGCUGAGCUUGGACAUGUCAAGACUGUACCUGCUGAGCUUGGACAUGUCAAGACUAUACCUGCUGAGCUUGGACAUGUCAAGACUAUACCUGCUGACCUUGGACAUGUCAAGACUGUACCUGCUGAACUUGGACAUGUCAAGACUAUACCUGCUGAGCUUGGACAUGUCAAGACUAUACCUGCUGAGCUUGGACAUGUCAAGACUAUACCUGCUGAGCUUGGACAUGUCAAGACUAUACCUGCCGAGCUUGGACAUGUCAAGACUGUACCUGCUGAGCUUGGACAUGUCAAGACCGUACCUGCUGAGCUUGGACAUGUCAAGACUGUACCUGCUGAGCUUGGACAUGUCAAGACUGUACCUGCUGAGCUUGGACAUGUCAGGACUGUACCUGCUGAGCUUGGACAUGUCAAGACUGUACCUGCUGAGCUUGACAUGUCAGGACUGUACCUGCUGAGCUUGACAUGUCAGAACUGUACCUGCUGA